AUGGGCACAUGCGCAUCAAUUCUUUAUCCAAAAUUAGAAAUCAACAACAGGAACCAAUCAUCAACAGCAAAGGUAAUCCACUCCGUUGACGGAAAACUACAAGAAUUCCGGCAACCAAUUACGGCGAGCCACGUCCUCUCCGACCACCCAGACACAUUCUUCCUGUGCAGCUCCGAAAACAUGUUCGUGAACUGGCACGUGCCUCACGUGUCGGGUGAUGAAGAGCUUGAACCGGGUCAAAUAUAUUUCAUUAUGCCGGUAUCGAAGUCGUUUAAACCGUUGUCGUUGCAGGAGCUUUGUUUGUUGGCUGUUAAAGCGAGUUCGGCGAUUGAACAGAGUUCGGAGAUGGAGAAGAAGAAGGUGGGUAAAACGAUGUCGUUUGGUAGACUGGGUAACAGUUUACGGCGAAACCAGAAGCUGGAAGGUUGUUAG